AUGGAGAAAUCCUGCAAAAUCAGCAAGUUCUUUAUUUUCUGCGUUGUGCUGGGAGUCCUCUCUGUGGCGACCAUUGUUACAUUGUGGGCUAUUGCACUGACAGAUAGCGUAGAGGUCGUCGCCCCAUGGGACAGGUACCGUCUCCCAGACACCCUGAAGCCUGACCACUACAACCUGACCCUGUGGCCUCGACUCACCGUCAACGCACAAGGCCUCUACAUCUUCACAGGGGAAUCCUAUGUGGUCUUCCAAUGUGUGAAGGAGACAGACCUGAUCCUCAUACACUCCAACAAGCUGAACUACACCAAGUGGGAUGAUGGCCAUCUGGCUAAACUGACUGCUCUCGGUAGCACACCUGCACCAACCAUAAAGAAAUCCUGGCUACAGCUAACGACUCAGUUCCUGGUAUUGGAACUGAAUGGCAAGUUAGCUGUUGGAGAAUCCUACCAGCUGGACACAGUGUUUGUUGGGGAGCUGGCUGAUGACCUAGCAGGUUUCUAUAGGAGUGAAUAUGAAGAAGAUGGUGUUAAAAAGUGAGUAAAUUGAAUCUUCACUGUGAUAAUAGUGGCAUGUAGCCUAGCGGUUAAGCGUGUUGGGCCAGUAACCGUAAGCUCACUGGUUCGAAUCCCGGAGCCAACUAGGUGAAAUAUAUGUUGACGUGCUCUUGAGCAAUCUAAUAAGCAUAAUACAAAAAUCUACAUAACAAUCUGUCAGUUUAAGCUAGAUAUAUCUGUUUUGUUGCAUUGGAUGCGUCUCAAUCCACCGCAUCCGCUUAUGUCGCACUUCAGUAUCUGCGGUGAAAGCUGACAGAGUUAGAGUGAUGUUUGUCAGACCAUGAGACAUCUCGAAAAUCGGUCUUCUCACAAAAUUGUCUGUAGUGUCAGGCCAAUGACCCAUUUAUGGAAAGAUGAGACUCUCACGAACACGAUGGUGUUCUCCGUUUUGCUGUACAACCUCCACAAGUGUCAGGAGUCGGUACAGCCGAUCUGCCAACUUCUGUCUGAUAUGUGUGUAGCCCAAACGUCGUUUAUUUUGCUACAGGCCUCACAAGACUCGUCUGAAGGUCCCCGGGUACCAGUUGAAAAAAUUUACGGAAACAUAUAUGGAGACUGUUUAAUGCCAAAAAUAUGGAGUUAAAUACAUGUUAAAAAACAACAACAAAUGUUUCCUGAUCUUUCUUAUAUUUCUCAGAUAAAGGAGAGACAUUUCAGAACAAACUUCCUUUUGAUAUUUUUGGGGACUAUCUGUUGUUCCAUGCAGUGAAUCUGUUAUUCAAUGCAUUUGUAUGGGCUAAUCAGUAAGGCCAAAAAUAAUCAAAUAAUUUGUUAAUUUUUUUUUUGAUACUUCAAGGGGUCUUAAAAUUAAAAAUCAAAUAGCUAAAUGAUCCUUGGUAUGACCUUCUUAAAACAAUUCCAUAUAGCUUAUUAUAAACUGGGUGGUUCUAGCCCUGAAUGCUGAUUGGCUGACAGCCGUGGUAUACCACGGGUAUGACAAAACAUUUAUUUGUACUGCUCUAAUUACGUUGGUAACCAGUUUAUAAUAGCAAUAAGGCACCUCGGGGGUUUGUGAUAUAUGGCCAAUAUACCACGGCUAAGGGCAGUGUCCAGGCACUUCGCGUUGCGUCAUGCCCCGUCAGGCCUUAUUGCUUAAGUAACCCCUCCCCCCUGGCUUAGACAGGGCUUAGACUCUGACGGGUUAACCCUAUUUGCUCCUGUCACUCUGGAUAAUAUUUUCUUCCAUUUCUCACAGCACUUUAUCAGUACUCAGUGUCAUACUGCAUUGACAACUCUAAUAGGUUAGAUAAACUCAGUCAUAUCUAAUCAUUUACAUUGUUCAGCAAAAGUGUGUAUCGUAAAUAUGUAAAACUCAAGAGGUGGGUUUCCACUGAAAAACAGGAACCUGAUGUUUUUUUCCCACAGUGAAACAGGAAGUAGCUUCAGAGCAGUGAGUAAUUAGGCUUCCUUUUAAAUGUCCCAGACACUGUUUGUUUAUAAACCUUUGAACAACAAGACACAGAUACUCAACUAUGUAAAAGUAUGCAUAUCAUGAAUCUUGUCUCAUUUAACAUUUACAUUUAAGUAAUUUAGCAGACGCUCUUAUCCAGAGCGACUUACAAAUUGAUGCAUUCAACUUAGGAUAGCCAGUGGGACAACCACUCCCUUUUUUCCCCCUUUUUCUUUUUGGAAUGUUCAUCUAAAUGGUAUAACCUCACAGGUGGUGCACCUAAUAAUCUUGAUGUAUUAUGUUGAAUGCAGCAGAGCUUUUUUCCAUGCUCAGACUCAGUAAUAAUCAAACUAUGCUUGUCCUUCACAGGGUUGUAGCUACAUCUCAGAUGCACCCUACUCACACCAGGAAAACGUUCCCCUGUUUUGAUGAGCCUGCGAUGAAGGCCAUCUUCCACAUCACACUCCUCCAUCCCCAUGGGACUGUGGCCCUGUCAAAUGGCAAGGAGCAAUGUUGGUUAAAACGGCUAUAUGCCAUCCAAACAUAGCCUUAGUUUCCAGGAAUCACUGAGUAUUUAAAGCUGCAAUAUGUAACCUUUUGGGCGAUCCGACCAAAUGCACAUAGAAAUCUGAGUUAUAUAUAUGUCAUUCUCAUUGAAAGCAGGCCUAAGAAGUGGUAGAUCUGUUCUAUGUGCGCUAUUUCUAUGCAUCCCAAUCUUAAAUGUAGUUUUUGCAUCUUUUACUUUCGGUUUUGUACACCAGCUUCAAACAGCUGAAAAUCUAAUAUUUUUGGUUAUGAAAAAGUGGUUUAGAUGUUACAAUGAUUCUCUACACUAUGCAUUGCUUGUUCGUCACAUAAACUGAAAUUAGGCGAACUAUUCAAAUUUUAGCAACCAGGACAUGGCGGAGUGAUUUCUUCAUAUUGCACCUUUAAACUAAAUACAGUAUUAUGUUACUGUUUUUACUGAAACCAUUUGACAGUCCUUCUUUCAAAGGAUCAGAUUGUCCUGACAAUCUGUUUCUGCUCUUCUUUAGAAAUACUUAACGUCACUGUAAACACAGAGUCUGUCACACAGACCAGAUUUGAGCCAACCAAGAGCAUGUCAACAUACCUCCUGGCCCUGAUUGUCUGUGACUAUUCAAAUAUCAGCGCUCAGGAGAGAAAUAUUCAGGUAAUGAAAUCAACUCGAUAUUUGCAUAAUUUCAAAUGCAGUAAAAACAAUCAUAUAAUGUAUGCUCUUGCUGAACCUGUGGAUGUAUCGUGUACUUUCUCGACAGUAAUCUAACCAGUGAUAGUUCUUGUCCAUGUUGGGUGGGUGUUUACAGUACAAAGUGUACUGUAAGUGUUUAUAUCAGUAAGAGUUGUGAUUGGAAUAAAUCUCCUGGCCUGUCUGCGCAGAUUCGGAUCUGGGCUCGUAGAAAAGCCAUCAGUGAAGGACAUGGAGAAUAUGCCCUCAGUUUAACAGGACCAAUCCUGUCCUUUUUUGAGGUGUAUUACAAUACCACCUACCCUCUCUCCAAAUCAGGUAAGAUUUUAAAUUGACCACGUGAUUUGCAGGUGACAUCAUCAUGAUCUGUGUUGGAAAAUAACAAAAUAAUUUUUGAAUUUCUUUUCAAACAUCCCUGUAUAGACCAGAUUGCCCUUCCUGACUUCUAUUUUGGGGCCAUGGAGAAUUGGGGACUAGUUACCUACAGGGAAACAAAUCUCCUUUACGAUCCUUUAACAUCCUCCAAUGGAAACAAGGAGAGAACAGCCACCAUCAUUGCACAUGAACUUGCUCACAUGGUAGGAUACAGUCCAGAGAAUCAGACUAUCAUUGCUGUUCUUAAAAAGUUUAAUUCAAACAUUACUUUCAUUUUUAUCUGUCAGUGGUUUGGAAAUCUAGUGACCCUGAGAUGGUGGAAUGAAGUCUGGCUGAAUGAGGGCUUUGCAUCCUAUGUGUCUUAUCUUGGGGCUGAUUAUGCUGAAUCCACUUGGAACGUGGUAAGGUUUCCCAUUAAAGACAAGACACCCAUCCAUCCCCUCCCGUUACCAUUUUGUAAAGAGGUGAUAGUAGUGCAAAAUGUGACUAGUAAUCUACCUUUCUGUGUAAGAGCAGUCACUGAAAGUCACAACAUGUAGAGUAUACUACAGCCCUAUCCUUUUCCUCCACAGAAAGACCUCAUAGUUCUUGAUGAUGUGCACAGGGUGUUUGCAGUGGAUGCCCUGGCCUCCUCUCACCCCCUGUCCUCCAAAGACGAUGACAUCCAGAAGCCUGAGCAAAUCAGUGAGCAGUUUGAUGCCAUCUCUUACAGCAAGGUAAACAUAAGACAAUACGAACUCAGUCAAAACAUUAAUGUACAGUGCCUUUAGGAAGUACUCAUACCCCUUGAUUUAUUCCACUUUUUUUUUGUGUUACAGCCUGAAUUCAACAUUUAUUAAAAUAAAACAAAUCUCACCCAUCUACACACAAUACCCCAUAAUGCCAAAGUAACAUUACAUUGCACAUUAUUCUUUCCAAAUUCUUCAAGCUCUAUCAAAUUGGUUGUUGGUCAAUGCUAGACAACCAUUUUCAGGUCUUGCCAUAGAUUUUCAAGUACAUUUAAGUCAAAACUGUAACUCGGCCACUCAGGAACAUUCACGGUCUUCUUGGUAAGCAACUCCAGUGUAGAUUUGUUUUAGGUAAUUGUCCUGGUAAAAUGUGAAUUUGUCUCCCAGUGUCUGUUGGAAAGCAGACUGAACCAGGUUUUCCUCUAGGAUUUUGCCUGUGCUUAGCUCUAUUCCAAUUAUUUUUAUAGCUCCCUAGUCCGUGCCGAUGACAAGCAUGCCCAUAACAUGAUGCAGCCACCACCAUGCUUGAAAAUAUGAAGAGUGGUAUUCAGUGAUGUGUUGUGUUGGAUUUGCCCCAAACAUAACACUUUUUAUUCAGGACAUAAUGUUUAUUUCAUUGCCACAUUCUUUGCAGUAUUACUUUAACUACAAUGUUAUCGAUCCAUCCUCAGUUUUCUCCUAUCACAGCCAUUAAACUCAGUAACUGUUUUAACGUCACAAUUGGCCUCAUGGUGAAAUCCCUGAGCGGUUUCCUUCCUCUCCGGCAACUGAGUUAGGAAGGACGCCUGUAUCUUUGUGGUGACUGGGUGUAUUGAUACACCAUCCAAAGUAUAAUUAAUAACUUAACCAUGCUCAAUGUCAGCUUUUAAAAAAAAAAACAUUUACCAAUAGGUGCCCUUCUUUGCGAGGCAUUCGAAAACCUCCCUGGUCUUUGUGGUUGAAUCUGUGUUUGAAAUUCACUGCUCAACUGAGGGACCUUACAGAUAAUUGUAUGUGUGGGGUACAGAGAUGAGGUAGUCAUUCAAAAAUUAUGUUAAACACUAUUAUUGCACACAGAGUACAUGCAACUUAUUAUGUGACUUGUUAAGCACAUUUUUUCUCCUGAACUUAUUUAGGCUUGCCAUAACAAAUAUGUUGAAUACUUAUUGACUCAAGACAUUUCAGCUUGUCAUUUCUAAUUAAUUUGUAAACAAUUCUGAAAACAUAAUUGCACUUUGACAUUGUGGAAUUAUGCAGUAGAUGCCAGUGGCAUGGAGCUUCCUGGUACAGUGCAUGACAUCAUGAACUGCUGAGUCCUUCAGAUGGGCUUCCCAGUGGUCACCAUAAACACACACACAAGCACUUCCUACUGGACUCUGAUUGUGUGGGGAGUGUACCACCAUCUGACUUUUGCCAGUGACAAAAAAAAUCUAAAUGUAAUACAUUUUAAAUUCAGGCUGUAACACAACAAAAUGUGGAAAGAUACAAGGGGUUUGAAUAUAUUCUGAAGGCACUGUAUGUGUUAAUGUAGUGUUGUGAAUGAUGGAUGUUCUACAACCUAUACUCUUUAUAUUCUCUGUUUCAUUAUAUAUGUUCUGAAAGCAUUUUAUUUUUCAUCCAUUUUGAACUCUCUCUACAGGGGGCAUCAGUGUUGAGAAUGCUGUCAGAUUUUCUAACUGAACCAGUCUUCGUCCAAGGACUAAGUGUAUGUAUUUGUUACUGUCCCAAGGCACUGCUACAGCCCAGUUACUGUAGGAUCUUCUCUUGAUAUGAUACACAUUUAUCAUAGUUACGUUAAGCAUUAAGGAAUACUGUUUGUAUAGUGUGUGAGAGGAAAAAAAGUGAGUAGACCCCAUGGGCUCUGUGUUGGAAGUGCAUUUCUCAUUAUUCACUCUAGAAUACAUUGCCUAUGAUUAAUGGUUCUAAGUGCAGAAUCCAUAUUUUUCUCUAGAGCUACCUGAAUCACUUUGCCUACGAUAACACAGUGGGGACAGACCUUUGGGAUCAUCUACAACGAGUAAGUUCCUUAGAAACAAUCAAUAGUGUGCAUUGGCUAUUCCUAUUUUCAGCUAGUUACUUUGUACUGUUGGAAUUAAUGAUGAAUCUGUGGCAGUACUACACAUUCCGUCAGAUAUUAUGUGUGCCUUUACAGCAGCAAAUGAUCCUGACCGAGCUCACAUUCCAUUUACAGUCAUAUCAAUGAGAUUGUGGACUUUACCCCCGCACAUUGACUUGGUACCGGUACCCCCCUGUAUAUAGCCUCGUUAUUGUUAUUUUAUUGUUGCUCUUUUAUUUUUACUUUAGUUUAUUUAGUAAAUAUUUGUCUUACUUUUAUUUUUCUUAAAACUGCAUUGUUGGUUAAGAGCUUGUAAGUAAGCAUUUCACGGUAAGGUCUACACCUGUUGUAUUCGACGCAUGUGACAAAUACAAUUUGAUUUGAUUUGAUUUGAUUUUGACUUCUGAAUUAUAGCUAUAAUGAAAAUGCUGCCCUCCUAUGGUUCAGGGAAAAUAACACUCUCUCUAAUCAAUCUCCUGUGUGUCUCCCUCUCUAGGCAGUAGAUGCCAGUGACAUGGAGCUUCCUGGUACUGUGCAUGACAUCAUGAACCGCUGGGUCCUUCAGAUGGGCUUCCCAGUGGUCACCAUAAACACAGCCACUGGACAGAUCACCCAGGAGCACUUCCUUCUGGACCCUGAUUCUGUGGGGAAUGUACCACCAUCUGACUUCAAGUUCGUCUGACUAGUCUGGAGAGACAUACAGCACCAGUCAAAAGUUUGGACACACCUACUCAUUCCAGGGUUUUUCUUUAUUUUCACUAUUUUCUACAUUAUAGGAUAAUAGUGAAGACAUCAAAACUAUGAAAUAACACAUAUGGAAUCAUGUAGUAACCAAAAAAGUUUGAAACAAAUCAUGAUACAUUUUAUAUUUGAGAUUCAUCAAAGUAGCAAUCCUUUGCCUUGAUGACAGUUUUGCACACUCUUGGCAUUCUCUCAACCAGCUUCAUGAGGUAGUCACCUGGAAUGCAUUUCAAUUAACAGGUGUGCCUUAUUAAAAGUUAAUUUGUGGAAUUUCUUAAUGCGUUUGAGCCAAUCAGUUGUGUUGUGACAAGGUAGGGCUGAUACAGAAGAUAGCCCUAUUUGGUAAAAGACCAAGUCCAUAUUAUGGCAAGAACAGCUCAAAUAAGCAAAGAGAAACAACAGUCCAUCAUUACUUUAAGACAUGAAGGUCAGUCAAUACGGAACAUUUCAAGAACUUUGAAAGUUUCUUCAAGUGCAGUCGCAAAAACCAUCAAGCGCUAUGAUGAAACUGGCUCUCAUGAGGACCGCCACAGGAUAGGAAGACCCAAAGUUACCUCUGCUGCAGAGUUCAUUAGAGUUAACUGCACUUCAGAUUGCAGCCCAAAUAAAUGCUUCACAGAGUUCAAGUAACAGACACAUCUUGACUUGCUGGCCAAUAAACACGAGAAAUGGACAUUAGAUCGGUGGAAAUCUGUGCUUUGGUCUGAUGAGUCCAAAUGUGAGAUUUCUGGUUCCAACCGCCAUGUCUUUGCGAGACGCAGAGUAGGUGAACGGAUGAUCUCCGCAUGUGUGGUUCCCACCGUGAAGCAUGAAGGAGGAGAUGUGAUGGUGUGGGGGUGCUUUGCUGGUGACACUGUCUGUGAUGUAUUUAGAAUUCAAGGCACACUUAACCUGCAUGGCUACCACAGCAUUCUGCAGCGAUACGCCAUCCAAUCUGGUUUGCGAUUAGUGGGACUAUAAUUUGUUUUUCAACAGGACAAUGACCCAAAACACACCUCUAGGCUGAGUAAGGCUAUUUGACCAAGGAGAGUGAUGGAGUGCUGCAUCAGAUGAUCUGGCCUCUACAAUCACCUGACCUCAACCCAAUUGAGAGGGUUUGGGAUGAGUUGGACUGCAGAGUGAAGGAAAAGCAGCCAACAAGUGCUCAGCAUAUGUGGGAACUCCUUCAAGACUGUUGGAAAAGCAUUCCUCAUGAAGCUGGUUGAGAGAAUGCCAAGAGUGUGCAAAGCUGUCAUCAAGGCUACUUUGAAGAAUCUCAAAUAUAAAAUAUAUUUAGAUUUGUUUAACACUUUUUUGGUUACUACAUGAUUCAAUAUGUGUUAUUUCAUAGUUUUGAUGUCUUCACUAUUAUUCUACAAUGUAGAAAAUAGUACAAAUAAAGAAAAACCCUUGAAUGAGUAGGUGCGUCCAAACUUUUGACUGGUACUGUAUAUGUAAUGAGAAUGGUCACAGCAUUUUCAUGUAUUACAUAUGUAUGAAAAAUAUUAUAAUAUUAUAAUAAAAAAGCCCAGUUCAUUUUGGUGCCUAGGUACGAGUGGAUAGUACCAAUCAAAUGGAUGGUUGCAGGAGUGGUUCAGAAAGCGGUAUGGCUGCUUGAGAAAGAGGGUAUGGAUACAGAAAACCUCUUCAGUAGUGCCGUCUGUAGAAAACUGUGGCCGAACAUGAAAACAUCAAAUAGUCAGAUGAAAUAACAUGCAGAUUUGAUCUACUAUCCGUAGCUUCAUUGUCAUGAAUUCAUUUCCCCCCUCAGCUAUAAACAAUAAGUUGACAAGUGGUCAGUGGGUACUAGCCAACAUCAAUGUGACUGGAUACUACAGGGUUAACUAUGACCUUGGCAACUGGGAACGUCUCCUCUUCCAACUGAGCACUAAUCAUCAGGUAAAAUGAAAAACUGAAUCAUCAGAUUUUGUUUGAAGGGUAUUACUGUUAUUUUUCUUCAAUGAAACAAUUAUUUUCUUGCAGGUCAUACCAGUUAUCAACAGGGCACAACUUGUGGAUGAUGCUUUUAAUCUGGCAAGGUUGGGGUUUUGACGUUUUUGAACCACCACAAUAUCACAAAGUGUUACGUGCAUCAUAUUUUGGUGAUUGUAUUUCUAACCCUUAUGUCCCUACACAGGGCAAAGUUCAUUCCCACAAUAUUAGCUCUGAAAACGACAAAAUACCUCUCCAAAGAAAUUGAAUAUAUACCGUGGGAGUCGGCUCUGGACAAUUUGGAUUAUUUCUACCUCAUGUUUGAUCGCACUGAGGUCUAUGGGACUAUGCAGGUAGAAUGUCAUAUAAUUUGUGACAAUUACACAUAUGAGAUAUUUUAAGACUGAUAUAGAUAUACUGAUCUCACUUUAAUAGAUAAGUAGCAUCUUAUUCUCUGUCCUUGUCAUAGGAUUAUGUGAAGAAUCUAGUGACACCCCUUUUUCAACACUUCAAGACUAUUACUGCAAACUGGAGUAAAGUGCCUGAUGGGCAUACAGACCAGUGAGUGGAACCCAGAGCAUUGAUAUGGUCUGUUUGAUGUGGUAUGAAAGGAGUAUAAGGCUUUAUAAUAACAAGGAAUACCUUUCACUUCCAGGUACAACCAGGUGAAUGCCAUUAGGAUGGCCUGUAGCACGGGACUGGUUGAGUGUCAGAAUCUGACUAAAGGCUGGUACAGUCAGUGGAUGGCUGACCCUGACAACAAUCUGUGAGUUCAUAUAGGUUAUUCAUUGAUUUUUAAACUAUAGGAAUUAUCUGGUAUAAAUAAUUUAGCAUAUACUACAGUAUAUCUGAAAUUUUUGCUUUGUUUUCAACAACAAAGAAUACUACCCUGUAACAACAACGUAAAACAUUUGAUAUCAGGAUACAUCCUAAUUUGAGGACGACAGUGUACUGCAGUGCCAUUGCAGCAGGCGGGGCUGCAGAGUGGGAUUUUGGUUGGAACAUGUUCAAGAAUGCCACUAUUGCAAGCGAAGCAGACAAACUGAUGUCAUCUCUGGCAUGUACUAAGGACCAUGAACUUCUGAAUAAGUAGGUUACAUCUGGUUAUUUUGUUAAGGUACUAUUAGACAUACAGUGCAUUCGGAAAGUAUUCAGACCACUUGACUUUUCCCACAUUUUGUUACGUUACAUCCUUAUUCUAAAAUGGAUCAAAUAGUUUUUUUCCCUCAUCUACACACAAUACCCUAUAAUGACAAAGCAAAAACUGUUUUUUAGAAAUGUUUGCAAAUGUAUUAAAAAUAAAAAGAUCACAUUUACAUAAGUAUUCAGACCCUUUACUCAGUACUUUGUUGAAGCACCUUUGGCAGCGAUUACAGCCUUGAGUCUUCUUGGGUAUGACGCUACAAGCUUGGCAAACCUGUAUUUGGGGAGUUUCUCCCAUUCUUCUCUGCAGAUCCUAUCAAGCUCUGUCAGGUUGGAUGGGGAGCGUCGCUGCACAGCUAUUUUCAGGUCUCUCCAGAGAUGUUAGAUCGGGUUCAAGUCUGGGCUCUGGCUGGGCCACUCAAGGACAUGCAGAGAAGCCACCCCCCGAAGCCACCCCCCGAAGCCACCCUUGCGUUGUCUUAGCUGUGUGCUUAGGGUCGUUGUCCUGUUGGAAGGUGAACCUUCGCCCCAGUCUGAGGUCCUGAGCACUCUGGAGCAAGUUUUCAUCAAGGAUCUAUCAAUACUUUGCUCCGUUCAUCUUUGACUCGAUCCUGACUAGUCUCCAAGUCCCUGCCGCUGAAAAACAUCCCCACAGCAUGAUGCUGCCACCACCAUGCUUCACCGUAGGGAUAGUGCCAGGUUUCCUCCAGACUUCGUGCUUGGCAUUCAGACCAAAGAGUUUCUUAUCUUAUUUCUCAUGGUCUGAGAGUCUUUAGGUGCCUUAUGUAAAUAAGGUAUUUGUUUUUUAUUUUUCAUACAUUUGCAAAAAUUUCUAAAAACCUAUUUUCACUUUGUCAUUUGUGUGUAGAUUGCUGAGGAUUUUAUUUUAUUUCAUCCAUUUUAGAAUAAGGCUGUAACGUAACAAAAUGUGGAAAAAGUAAAGGGGUCUGAAUACUUUCCGAAGGCACUGUAUCAUAUUGAACUGUGGUUUUCGCUUUCCAUUGUCUUCAUAUUGACAAAUACAGUCAAUUAUAACAAUCUGUCUAAAUGUAUCAAUACUCUAUGGACUCAAUUCAGGUACCUGAGAUACACAUUGGAUUCAGACAAAAUCCGUAAGCAGGAUGCAACGUCUGUCAUUGUGUACAUCUCCAGUAAUGUUGAAGGUCAAACAUUGGCUUGGGACUUUGUGACACAGAACUGGGAGUACAUGUUCACACAGUAAGUUGUACCCCCAAAAGGCACUUCUAUCAGUAAACCAAAUACACUGAGUGUACAAAACAUUAGGAACACCUUCCUAAUAUUGAGUUGCACCCCCUUUUGCCCUCAGAACAGCCUCAAUUCGUCUGGGCAUGGACCUCUACAAGGUGUCCAAAGCGUUCCACAGGGAUGCUGGCCCAUGUUGACUCACAUGGGCCACAGUUGUGUCAAGUUGGCUGGAUGUCCUUUGGGUGGUGGACCAUUCUUGAUACACACGGGAAACUGUUGAGCGUGAAAAACCCAGCAGCGUUGCAGUUCUUGACACAAACCGGUGCGCCUGGCACCUACUAACAUACUCUGUUCAAAGGCACUUAAAUAUUUUGUUGUGCCCAUUUACCCUCUGAAUGGCACACAUACAAUCCAUGUCUCAAUUGUCUCAAUCCUUCUUGAACCUUUCUCCUCCCCUUCAUCUACACUGAUUGAAGUGGAUUUGACAAGUGACUUCUAUAAGGGAUCACAGUUUUCAAAUGGAUUCACCUGGUCAGUCUAUGUCAUGGAAAGAGCAGGUGUUCUUAAUGUUUUGUACACUCAGUGUAUACUUGGUUUGUGUGUAUGGACAUUAUGAACUUGUAAUUGUCAUAUUUCCUAGGUAUGGUGUUGGAUCCUUCUCAUUUGCCAACCUUAUAAGUGGUGUGACAAUGAGAUUCUCAACUAAAACUGAACUUGAACAGGUAAUGUUUUAAUUGAAGUGUUUAAAUGACUGGAUAUACAGUACUUCCUUUAGUUGCACUGUUAAUAAAUAGCUUACAUUAUAAAGAAUUGUACUGAUUAUAUUUGUAUUGUACUGAUUAUAUGUGGUUUAUUAUAUUUAAUUUAACCCUUAUUUUACCAGGCAAGUUGACUGAGAACACAUUCUCAUUUACAGCAACGACCUGGGGAAUAGCUACUAAGAGUAAAAUGUAACUUUGUUUUUCAUGAUGUCAGCUCCAGAAAUUCAAGGAGGACAACUCUGAGAUUGGUUUUGGCUCAGGGACCUUGGCAUUGGAGCAGGCCACGGAGAGAACUACAGCCAAUAUCAAAUGGGUGGAUGAGAACAAGAAGGAAGUGUGGGACUGGUUCUUGAGUGAGACUGCCUAA